AUGUCCACCCGGUGGACAUCCCCGGACCCAGACGUCACGGCCAUCAUGUGCCUCUGCCUCCGCCUGCCGCAGCUGUUCUCCAUGUGUGUGGCCAUCUCCCUGGUGGCCGGCAGGGCCACUGAGCGGGGAGCCGUAGGAAACUGGUCCAUGUCCAUCUGGUGCUUCUGUUUUGCCAUGACCCUCAUGGUAUUCAUUGUUGAGUUCUAUGGGUUCCAUUCCCACUUUCCGUUUUUCUGGUUCAACUUCCCCGUGACCUAUGCCUGCUAUGCCACCCUGCUCUGCCUCUCAGCUUCCAUCAUCUACUCCAUCACCUACGUCCAGUUUCUGCCUGAUGGUCCUUACCGGGACCGGGUCAUCGCCGCCUCUGCCUUCUCCUGUGUCGCAUCAGUGCUAUAUGCCAUAGAUGUGGCCUGCACGUGGGUUGCCUAUGGGUUCAAGGAGAUCCCCUGCUAUGUGCACACCCUGCCAGGCCUGCUGAAGGUGCUGGAGACCUUUGUGGCCUAUGUCAUCUUUGCCUUCAUCAUCAACACCUCCCUGUACCUGCACCAGCCAGCCCUGGAGUGGUGUGUGGCCAUGUACUCCAUCUGCUUCAUCCCAGCAGCCCUGGCCAUCCUGCUGAACCUGGGCGAAUGGGAAUACAGGCUGCCCAGACCGUAUCCCAUUUUCCAGCUUCUGCUCACCCUGCUCUCUGUCCUCCUCUACAUCAGCGCUCUGGUCCUCUGGCUGCUCUACCAGUUCUACGAGGAGCUCGGCGGGCAGCCCCAGAGGUCCAGUGAUGGGGACUGCAGGGACGAGCUCACCUACGACAUGUGCACCUGGGACCAGCGACUGGCUGUGGCCGUCCUGACAGCCAUCAACCUGCUGGUUUACGUGACCGACCUGGUGUACUGGGCCCACCAGGUCUCUGUAGGGACUGAGGACCAGCCCACGGACUCCUGA